ACAUGAGAUCAGCACGUCGAAUGGAAUACACGAGGGUGGACAUAUCAGGAAGCUCUUCCGUCACGUCGCUGUCUGAUCUUCACAGAUAGUCAGGCAUAUUUCCAAUGCCGUGGGAUGCAUUGCCAGGAGAGUAUCUCCAUCUCCUUGGAUUCUUUGCAUACUCUAAACAGGCAGAUUUCAGAACGAAUCUCAAUGUUCCAAGUACUUUCGCAUCAUGUGGACCCGGCAUCGGAAAACGGGCAUUUCAACAGAACGUAAAUAGUUUCGCACGACGGAGCUUGACCUAUCAGGAGGACGCCUUAAACGCAUUCAAGGGGAUCCUGCAAGCCUUCCGGACACCGGCGCAAACUAAAGUCAAACCAGUUGACAACUACGUUGGCAUUCCUCUCUUUUCCUCUGGGCUAGGACACACGGACGUUUUGGUGUAUGGACUUGACUGGAAUAUCGAUGAUGAGUUCAACAAUGACGUUAUAGGACUCAAUCACACGCCCAACGAGACCCAGAUCGCAUCCGCAGUACGACGGCCUCAGUUCCCCAGUUGGACUUGGCUAGGCUGGAAGAUUCCAAAGUCACUACAGCUCAGAUUUUCCUCUUAUCCUCUCACGAUCCUUCUGUCCCACUCGCGAAUCCUAACGCUCUUGUCGUCAGACAGCGAUUUGACGGGUCUCCCAAGUUUUGCUUCCUGCGUGGACAUAUUUGUCCAGCUUUCAUGUGGAUCUUUACUUCUAUGGGAAGAAAGCCGGGACACCAUCAUGAAUCUGUACCUUGAAGGUCCCGUAAUGCCAAAACUAGGGAUUCGGGGCUGGAUGAUCGAUCUCGAUAUACCUCUUGACAUGGUUGAACAACCCAGGUCGGUCGUUGAUAAGGUACAUUUCACUGAUUUCCACAUCGAUCAGCGAGAGCUUGCAUUUGCAUACCUCAUCGCAUACAACCACGGUUUUCCAGUGAGAAGCCAAAACGGCAUGGUACUGUUGACGUUGAUUUUGCUGAGUCGGUGGUCAAUCCCGCUCCAUUUAAAGGACAUCUUCUCGGAGCAUAGCAUGACCGCUAUGGUUAUUGUAAAGGCAAACGACGCCAACGGUGACAUGGCCUACGAGAGAAUGGGCCUCAUACACCUCCAUUUUUACAGGGACCCGCACCCACAGAUCUGGGACGACGAAACGAGAAGUCCCGGGGUAGACUUUACGAUGAAAUAUUCAAAGGACUUUAUAUGGCUUAGGUAG